AGAAAUCAAUACAAGCUUUAAUAUAACCGAAACGGUGUUUGGUAAAUGGGACAGACAUUUAAUGAAAUAAGUGUGCAGACAAACGCGAACAUAUAUAUAUAUAUAUAUAUAAACUCUGACAAUGCUCUUAACAUAAAUCAACUAACAAUGGUUGAAGUACGGUCAAACGAACAAUCUACUGUUGUUGUUUUACAGCAGCCUCUGUCAGUAUUACAACCUAAACAAGGAUAUUUCCUAACGAGAGGAUGGAGUUCUGGAAUUUGUAGCUGUUUCGAUGAUUGUGAAUCAUGUCUUUGUGCAGGAUUUUGUUAUCCAUGUUAUCUUUGUCAUAUGUAUAGCAUUUCAAAUGAGGCCUGUUGGCUUCCUUUAUUUGGAGUUGGUGUUCUUCCUCUACGUAUUAAACAUCGAAUCAAGCACAACAUAGAUGGCUCAUUACUUGAUGAUCAUUUUAUUACAUGUUGUUGUCCUCAACUUGUUUUAUGCCAGUUGAGGCGAGAUAUGAGAUAUAUGGAAUCUUAAUAAAUUUUAAUUAUGGUAAAUAUAAUCAAUCGGAAAAUGGAAUAUUUCAAUCUUCUUUCGAAGAAUGUUGUUUUUUGAUUACUUGAACGUUCUAUAACAUAAACUAAUUUCAUGUUAAAAAGGAAUAGUUAUAGUGUGCAUACAUGAUUAAGAGUUGUUUAUAAAAAAUAAAAAAUCUUUGGU